AAAAAAUAUAUUUUUUUUUAUUCCACAAUUUGAAAAUCAAGUAUUUCCCUCUUCUCUCCCAAAGUUUCAAAAUUUUCAAACAGCCAGCCCGUCACCAUGACCGUUAUGUACACUGACCCGAGCGACAACGCUUCUUCUCUUCACGACCCUCUCCUUCCAUGGCUACUGUCGAUCAAAAAGGCACUUGAUAGUAGCAUCUCCAGUUUGGAACUAAACAAGAUUUUAUUAGACUGUAUUGGGACUUUCAAGCACAAUCCACAGUAUAAAAAUGACCCCAGAUUUCUCAAGAUUUGGCUUCUCUAUUUGGAAGGUAGUGAUGACUUUGAAAAUGUUUUCAAAGAAAUGGAAGAGAAUAAUAUAUGCAGAGGCAAUUCUUUGCUCUAUGAACUGUACGCGGGGUUUCUUGAAGCAAAAGAGAAUUGGAAGGAAGCAUAUAUGGUUUAUCAAACUGGCAUUUUAAGGAAAGCAGAACCUCUUGAGAGGUUGGAACGUGCAAAAGUCUUAUUUCUUGACAGAUUGUCUUACAGGAUAAAUGCGUCUUCACUUCAAAAGACUGAUUACAAUGAAUCCAUGGAAAUGGAAAAAGUUUGUGUUAAUCCAUGGUCAGCCUCCACCACAAAAGAGUUGUUGGAGAGGAUAAAUCCUCAAAUGAUGAAAUAUGCUGGAUACCAUCCAAGUAAAAAAGCAUACUCUGGAGACGUGGCUUUAUCUACUCUACAGAAUUCAUCAAGGAAUAAGAUUGUUAAAAUAGGUGGAAAGAAGUACGAGAUCAAAGGUUGUCCUGUUAAAGGCGGGUUUGCUCAAGUAUAUAAAGCAUAUGUCAACAGUAAUCCAGAUGAAGUUGUUGCAUUGAAGAUACAAAGGCCUCCUUUUCCUUGGGAGUUCCAUAUGUACCGUCAACUUGAUCAACGGAUCCCAGACAAUCAAAGUUCAAGCUUCGGAUAUGCUCAUAGAUUGCAUCUGUUCUCUGAUUAUAGUAUACUUGUCUGUGACUAUCUAUCUCAUGGGACGCUUCAGGAUGUCAUAAAUUCUUAUGUGGUCACUGGCAAGCCCAUGGAAGAAGUGUUGUGUAUCUAUUACACCAUAGAAAUGCUACACAUGCUGGAAACCCUGCAUGGAGUUGGCAUAAUUCACGGGGACUUCAAGCCUGAUAAUCUGCUUAUUCGCUAUUCCAGGAGCAAUCUUACAGAAGAUGGGUUUAAAGAACGAAGUGGCCCUUGGAGAGAUCAGGGUCUUUGCCUUGUUGACUGGGGGAGGGGGAUAGACCUGCAUCUCUUUCCUGAUGAUAUAGAAUUUGAGGGAGAUUGUCGGACUUCUGGAUUUCGUUGUGUUGAAAUGCAAGAGAGGAAGCCCUGGACAUUUCAGGUUGACACAUAUGGCCUCUGUGUUGUAAUUCAUAUGAUGCUGCACCAUUCUUACAUGGAGAUUGUAAAGAAAGGGACAUCUGAUGGAGGCUACAUGUAUCUGCCGAAGGCUCCUUUUAAAAGAUACUGGAGUGAUUUAUGGAAGGAUCUCUUCACAAAGCUGCUAAACAAUAAUAGCGGCAAUGACUGUGAGUUGUUGAGGAACUUGAGAAAGAGCUUUGAGGAUUACUUGCACUCUGAUGAUAAACUCCUAAGGAAACUGAAGGAGUUGCUGGCUAAGCAAAGACUCCUUUUGUGUUCUGCUUAGUGCAUUUUUUUAAUCAUUCCUCCAGAUACUUUUCUUACGAUUGUCUUGCAAAUUGUUAAAUUUAUAUGCAGAACAGCCAGACGCAUGCUAGAAGUCAGUCAAAUGUACAGAAUCUUGGUGCUGGAGCAUUCUUUGCAGACAUCAACUUGCUAUGUUAAAAAGAUAGUGUUUUUUCUUACUUUCUCUCACUGAUGAUUAGGUAAAGGAAUGUAUUCGCAUGUGCAAUGAAUUUCACAAGCUUGUACUCACAAUUCAUGACUGAAUGUAAAUGCUGUUUUCUCUACAGCAAAAUUUGUGAAGAUAUCUUUUAAAUUCUUACAUUCUUA